GAGAGGAUAAGUUGAGGGAACAUGGCGACGUCUAAUUUGCUAAAGAACAAAGGCUCCCUUCAGUUUGAGGAUAAAUGGGACCUGAUGCGUCCCAUCGUACUGAAGCUCCUGCGGCAGGAGUCUGUCACCAAACAACAGUGGUUUGACCUGUUCUCAGACGUCCACGCUGUUUGUCUGUGGGACGACAAAGGUCCAGCCAAGAUCCACCAGGCCCUUAAAGAGGACAUCCUCGAUUUCAUCAAACAAGCACAAGCACGGGUGCUGAGUCACCAGGAUGACACGGCAUUGCUGAAGGCCUACAUUGUGGAGUGGAGGAAGUUCUUCACGCAGUGUGACAUCUUACCUAAACCGUUCUGCCAGCUGGAGAUCACUCUGAUGGGCAAGCAAGGAAGCAACAAGAAGUCCAACGUGGAGGACAGCAUCGUCCGCAAGCUAAUGCUGGACACGUGGAACGAGUCCAUCUUCUCCAACAUCAAAAACAGACUACAAGACAGUGCCAUGAAGCUCGUCCACGCUGAGAGGCUGGGGGAGGCCUUCGACUCCCAGCUGGUCAUUGGAGUGCGAGAAUCCUAUGUGAACCUGUGCUCCAACCCCGACGACAAGCUGCAGAUUUACAGGGACAACUUUGAGAAAGCGUAUAUGGAUUCUACGGAGAGGUUCUACAGAACACAGGCGCCGGCCUACUUACAGCAGAAUGGGGUCCAAAACUAUAUGAAAUAUGCUGAUUCAAAGCUGAGGGAAGAGGAGAAACGUGCACUGCGAUACUUGGAAACAAGACGCGACUGUAACUCUGUACAAGCAUUAAUGGAGUGUUGUGUCAAUGCACUAGUAACGUCAUUCAAGGAGACCAUCUUAGCCGAGUGUCCAGGCAUGAUCAAACGAAAUGAGACAGAGAGUGAGUACGGCAGGACUGCUCCCACCAAAGGCUCAGCCAGCUCAGAGUUGCAUCUGAUGUUUUCCCUGAUGGACAAAGUGCCCAGCGGCAUCGAGCCCAUGCUGAAGGACCUGGAGGAGCACAUCAUGAGCGCCGGCCUGGCCGACAUGGUGGCCUCAGCAGAGACGAUCACAUCUGACUCAGAGAAAUAUGUGGAGCAGCUGCUCACCUUGUUUAACCGCUUCAGUCGGCUGGUGAAAGAGGCCUUUCAGGACGACCCACGUUUCCUGACAGCAAGAGACAAAGCAUAUAAAGCUGUUGUCAAUGAUGCCACUAUAUUUAAAUUAGAGCUUCCCAUGAAACAGAAAGGGGUUGGAUUGAAAACUCAGCCAGAGUCCAAGUGUCCGGAGCUGCUAGCCAAUUACUGCGACAUGCUCCUGAGGAAGACCCCACUAAGCAAGAAGCUCACCUCUGAGGAGAUUGAGGCCAAGCUCAAGGAAGUGCUUUUAGUGCUGAAGUACGUCCAGAACAAAGAUGUGUUUAUGCGCUACCACAAAGCCCAUCUGACCCGUCGGCUCAUCCUCGACAUCUCAGCCGACAGCGAGAUAGAGGAGAACAUGGUGGAGUGGCUCAGGGAAGUAGGAAUGCCGGCUGAUUAUGUCAACAAGCUGGCGAGGAUGUUUCAGGACAUUAAGGUGUCAGAGGACCUCAACCAGUCGUUCAAAGAAAUGCAUAAACACAACAAGCUCGCUUUACCAGGUAAACACACAUCCAACACAUUUGAGCAGCUGCA